GACUCGCGGCGGCACAUCUUAAUGACGUAUGUUAUGUUUUGGUGAAACCCUGUGCUUAUCGAAAAAUCUGUUUAGGCCUAUAUUUCAUUUGGGUGUUUGUAUUGUAUUACUCCUUUUGCAAUGAACAAAAAUAAGGCAAGUGGCGUGUCAUGGGUGAAACCAGCGGAGCCGUCCUUUCUGAAGAAGUUUAAAAAUGAUGUUGGUUACAAAGAAGGACCGACUGUUGACACUAAGCGCCAGGCGAUGCCAACACUGGAUGAUGACAGCGGGAGUGAUCGAGAGGACGAGUUACCUCAAGUUGUGGUCCUGAAAGGUGGAAAUCUGACCGCAGAGGACGUGAAGAAGAUCAAGGACGAAAUGCGUACUGGAGGUGGCACAGAGAAAGAUGAACUUCCUCCUGAUGGUAAAAUCCUGUUCAAGAAACCAGCCAAGCGCUCCUCCUCAGACAAAUUCCAGGGCAUCACCGCCAGCUCCAGCAAAAAGAAGAAGAGUGAUGGAGAAGAGAAGGAGAAGGAGGAGAAGAAGGAGGUGGAGAAGAAGGAGGUGAAGUCUGGAAAGAAAGUCAAAAAUAACAGCCUCCUGUCUUUUGGAGGGGAUGAGGAGGAAGAGGAGGACUAAAUGUUAAUGGUAAAAUGUAAGACUGUCAUACACCCAUGUGACAGAAAGGAAUCCAAGUGACAUUUGAAUAUUAAUGGUGAAAUGUUUCAUAAUAUUGACGAAUAGGAACAGGUGUAAAAUUAAUACAACAGAUACUGAGUUCAUCCACAGUGUGCAGCCUGUCCAUUCUGUAGCUUUUUUAAAGGACAGUGCCAUUAUUUUUGCAUGUGCUAGCCCACUGACUACAAAUAGCCUCUACUUGCUAUUACUGCCGACCGUUCCAUUCAUUUCAGUACAAAAAUCAACUUUCAGAGACUCAAAUUGCUUGAAUAAGAAAUCCAUCACAGUAAACAUCUUGAUACCAUUGUUAUUUUAAAGUUCCAUUAUCGUUGUAUAGGAGGGAUAAUUUUCUACUCCACUUGGUACAUUCAAGGACACUCAGACAUCCUCAAAUUGCUAGUGUCCUGAACAGAAACAGAUAGGGCUGAAUGAUUUGAAGAAAAUAUAUAAUUGUGAUCUUUCUGGCCAAUAUUGCAAUUGUGAUUGAAAUUGCCUUUAAAUCAACCUACAGGCUUGUAUUUGUGGUCCACAUAAUAUCAAACAAAAUGUGACUGUACCAAGCAUUAUCACACACAUGCGUCGUGUUUCUACAUCAAUAGAAUCAGACUGUUGGUCUUUUAUGAACAGCAAAGACACACCGCACUCCUCUUACAGAGUAAGCAUAAAUAACCCGGACACGGCCUGCAGAGAGCUUAUUAACCUUUUUCUGUUGUUGGCUCGCCAGCUCACACAAUCAGGGUUAAAUUACUGCAGUUGAGUGCAUUUGCCUGAAACUCUCACUUGAUACGAUUGUUAAUUAUGUAAAUUGGAAUUAAAAUUGCAGCUCCUGCGAACGGAAAAUUGCAUUAAAAAUGUCACGAGUGAUUCACAUGAGUGAAUGCACCAACAAUGAGUUUAUCAGAAAUGGCCCAGCUCACAGCUUCAAGAAGAGUCAAUGCUAACUCAUCUUUGCCAAAAAAGGCACUUUGAUUCUUGACCUACCUCAAACAAGUUUGUAAAGCCCAGCCCUUUUUUUUUUCAUUGAAAUAUUGAGCUAGUUGAUUUUCAUACAGUACUGAAGUGAAUGGACAUCCAUGUAAAACUCUUUGGUCAACAGUAAUGUAACACUUAGGUGAUUUGUAGUUAAUGGGCUAAAAAAAUGGAAAACCACCAGUGUGAUUCUAUGUGUAAUUAUGUCCUUUUUCAUGAAACAUAUGACGAGAGAACAUGAGCAGUAGUUAGUGAAACAGUUAAAAGUCAGAGCGCACAUUGUCAGAAACACAGGAGCAAGGCUUCUGCUGUUUGAAGGGGCUCCUCAAAACAUUUGGUCGGCACUCAGUUCCACGCAAACUAUGCAACUUAAUCUGAUAAAUGGAAAUCAGGCAACACCAGGUACAAAAACAGGUCAAUUGAUUAUUGGUAUUGAAAUGAUUAGUACGAUUUUUUGCCUGAUUUUACACUGACCAGUUGUCAGUCACCCGGGCGAUUGCACUUAGUUCAGCUACCCUUUUUUUGAAAAGGGAAUCAAAAGGAAAAACAUUUUUGUUUUAUGUUUUACGUUUGACAAAAAUUUUAAUAUUGAAAUCUCUUCUGGUGUAAUCCGAACAGUGACAAACUUUUGAUGACUACUUUUCCUGUGUACUUGGUGCCUUCCACUUUAGGAAACAAUAAAACAGUGUUUCCCAUCAAAGAACCUGUUAAGAACACAGGCCAUUCACCCCCUAGUCCCAGUAGCUCUCGGUGUCCUGCUACAGACUCUCCACCUCCUGAUGCAGAACUCAUUUAAGCUCAUACAUAUUAAGAUCCUUUUGUUGCUUUCCGUGGCGUCAUCAGAACUGUAAUUGUGUUUGCAAGUAGUGUGGAAGUGCUCAUUGUAGAAUGUCUAAUACAUUCAAUGAUUUAUUGAAUGUAUGAAUAUAUUCUAGCUUCGGCAAAGGAGCUGUAACAGUUUAUGUAGAAACAAUGCAUUCUUGUCAAUGCAGUUGUAUGAUUAUUUAAAAAAAAAAAGUGGCUUUGUUUUUAUUGUGUGUAUUUUAGAGAAUGGUUGUGGCUGUAACAUUUGAAAUAUAAAACAUUAAAUCAACUGUACAACA